AUGGCUUUCGUGAUGAUCCCUUUGCCAUGCUGCCAUACUGUCCAAUUGCAGGGCCUUCAAAUGCUGGGAAUCAGGCUCCCAUCCAGCCAGGUUAUCAUGGUGCAUUUGCUGGACAGCCAUUACCACCAAGGCGGGAUUAUCAACAAGAACUCAUGGCAAACUUUGCACGCUCGCAUGCACAACGUCCAGCCCCUCAACCAAAUCCUGGGAAUGUCUACGACAUACAUCAAUCACAGAGGCAUGCCCAAGCGUUGUAGAGCCAGCAUGAAGCUGAACAGCGGGAAAGGGAUCAAGCACGUGCACAGCGCCAGGAAGUGCAUGCUGCAGAGGAGUUACAAAGGAUACGAGAUAGGGAGCAUGCUCAGCCAUACAGAGACCCAGCUUCACGGAACUCUGUUGGGUCCAUGGAUGUACACUGCCGUAAUUGCGACGCCUUACACUUUCCUGGCAAACGGCUUACACACUCCUCACAGUGCAACCCCAAGUUUGGGAUGUGCUGUUAACAUGCAGGGCCAAAUUGACCUACCUGUGUUCACACCUGUUCCUGAACCCCUCCGACGUCUAUUCACUGGCAUGGAUGUCCUGUCCAAGCACUUCUGCGAGCACAUCCGCCGGUACAACAAUGCCUUUGCAUCUACCUCUGUGGCUGUUAAAGUGGUUCAGACCAUCCUAAAUGGCUCUGGGCCUUACUCUUUCCAGAUCCACGGCUCUCUGCACCACCGCAUGGGUAGUCUGUUGCCCAAUGAAGAUCAACCCCCUGCCUCUGCACAGCUCUACAUUCAUGACCCGCAUGCCGCACUUCAAACACGUAAUGAUUGCAAUGACAAUCUCAAGCCCUCUGACAUGAAUGUUCUCCAGGAUCUCUUCAUGGAACAUAAUCUGUUUGUGCCUCUGUACAAACGGGCAUAUGAGGUGCUCCACGAGAAACCUGAGGAAAGGGUCAAUCUUGAGGCUGCUAUUAUCCUGCAAGAGUCGGAGGAUCGUAGACACUACAAUCUCCCCACCGUGGAAGAAGUGGCUGCUAUCAUUCCUGGAAGUGGUGAUGAAGCUGUGGAUGCCCACCGAGAUAUCCUGUUGUGCUAUCGUGAUGGGAAUCUGAAGCACAUCAUGAUCAAGGCUGGCACCGUGCAAUUCCCUCCCAACAAGGUCCACAAGGGCAAGUUUGCGGUCAAAACGCAACAGUUUCUCAGUGGUGCUAUUAUGCCUAUUGGUUCUUGCCAAGGAUAA